UUCCACUCGAGCACAAACCCGGAAGAAGGAAAUAAUGUCCGUCGUCGUCCACUAGCUCGAGUCAGUUUGAGGUCGAGUGGAAGAUAACCAUGGCGAUGACAAGUCAGACGUCCUGCUCUUCGAUGAGCAACCACACCAAGGAACGGGUCACCAUGGCCAAAGUGACGCUGGAGAAUUUUUAUAGCAACCUGAUAUCGCAGCAUGAGGAAAGGGAAAUGAGGCAGCAGAAAUUGGAGAAGGUCAUGGAUCAGGAGGGGCUAGGUGAUGAAGAGAAGCGUCUUCGGCGGUCUGAGCAUGCUAGGAAAGAGACCGAGUUUCUUCGUCUCAAACGAACACGGCUUGGAUUGGAGGACUUUGAGUCGCUCAAAGUGAUUGGCAGAGGAGCUUUCGGAGAGGUUCGGUUAGUUCAGAAGAAGGACACAGGACAUGUUUAUGCCAUGAAAAUCUUGCGUAAAGCUGAUAUGCUUGAGAAAGAGCAGGUGGGCCAUAUUCGAGCAGAAAGGGACAUCCUUGUGGAAGCAGACAGUCUGUGGGUGGUGAAGAUGUUCUACAGCUUUCAGGAUAAGAUGAACCUCUACCUCAUCAUGGAGUUUCUGCCUGGAGGUGAUAUGAUGACUCUACUGAUGAAGAAAGACACUUUAACAGAGGAAGCCACACAGUUUUAUAUUGCAGAGACUGUGCUGGCUAUUGACUCUAUUCACCAGCUGGGCUUCAUCCACAGAGACAUCAAACCAGACAAUCUCCUGCUGGACUCGAGGGGCCACGUGAAGUUGUCUGAUUUUGGUUUAUGCACUGGUUUGAAGAAAGCUCACCGCACAGAGUUCUACAGAAACCUUAAUCACAGUCUUCCCAGCGACUUCACUUUCCAGAAUAUGAACUCAAAGAGGAAAGCAGAAACAUGGAAACGAAACAGGAGACAGUUGGCCUUCUCCACUGUUGGAACCCCUGACUACAUCGCUCCAGAAGUGUUUAUGCAAAAUGGUUAUAACAAGCUAUGUGAUUGGUGGAGUUUGGGUGUCAUUAUGUAUGAAAUGCUCAUAGGUUACCCUCCAUUUUGCUCUGAGACGCCUCAGGAAACUUACAGGAAAGUGAUGAACUGGCGGGAAACUUUGACAUUUCCACCCGAGGUCCCAAUUUCAGAAAAGGCCAAGGAUAUGAUUCUCAGGUUCUGCUGUGAGAGUGAACACAGGAUUGGAGCCACUGGAGUGGAGGAGAUCAAAACUAACCCUUUCUUUGAGGGAGUGGACUAUGACCAUAUCAGGGAGAGACCAGCGGCUAUUCCAAUUGAGAUCAAAAGCAUUGACGACACCUCCAACUUUGACGAGUUUCCUGAUUCGGACAUCCUCCAACCUUCAGUCGCCCCUGUGUCCAAUCACACCGAGGCAGAUCUGAAGAGCAAAGACUGGGUGUUCAUCAACUACACCUACAAGCGCUUUGAGGGGCUGACCGCACGAGGAGGCAUCCCGUCAUACAUGAAAACUGGGAAAAGAUAGGCUUCGAUAGGAUUUAAUAACUUGCUGCACUCUUUCAAUGGUUGUUUUUCCAUAAGGAGACAUUCUCCAUUGCUCCUCCUCGCAUCUGAAGGAUCUUACAUCACCCGUGUCCUGUUUUGAUUCACCCAUUUAUGGAUGUGAACUCCACCCGUACUCGAUCCAUAGAAAGAAAUCUUCAAAGUUUUAUCCAAGGGCUUCUUUUUCUUUAACACCCUGAAUGUGCUCAUUUUAUUCCUGAGCUUUUCCUUUUUUUUUUUUGCUUUUGAGGCAAUCAUCUUUUAGGUUGCCAGAUUUUGUACAUUUUGGAAUGGAGAUAUUUUAGUACUCUGACACCGGUAACAAAAAAAAGGGCUUGGACACAAGCUAGUUAAACCUCCUGCACCCAUAAUUGAUUUUAAUCGCAUUAGCAGAGGGGGAUCAUUCAUUUGCUUUUUCCAAGUACUAGCAUUUGUUGUCGCAGCACAUCUGCUGUACAUAUCUGAAAGACUGAAGAAGACUCCAUUUUAUGCAAUAAGAUGGAUGCUUUGAAAAUCCAUACUUUUUUCCCGUUUUUGGAUCUUUUUUGCUUGUUGCGCUCACCAUGCAAGAUCUCAGCGACGUUGGGAAAACAUGGGGCUUAGUAAGUCAGUCUGGUCUGAAUGUGAUUCGCACAGUUGCAGAUGUUGCCUUACAUUCGGAUCCUUCUUAUAUACCAGCAGAAACAUCGUGAAUGCAUUUGCCAAUCAAACCAAAUUGUUCAUCAACGUACCAGGAAACUUUACCAGCUGAUGUCAAAGACCAAGCAAACUCUAGCAAACGGAACAGCGUUUGUUUGUUUUUUUUAUUUAAUAGGUAGUUUUAGCCACUGACUGAUUCAGAAGUUGCUUGGUGCUAAUGCUGUUGUUUUUCUUAAUAAAGGGGCUUAUUGCUGAUGUCUGGCGAACAAAGCCACGUUUUUUUCAUCUUGAGAACAACACUAUUCAGGGAUUUGAAUUUGAUUGAGUCUUCCAUUUUAAUAUGGGGAUGAAAUGUUCAAUGCAACAUUUUUAUAUUACCAAAGAGGCACCGUGUUUGAUUGGCUUUAUGGGCUUGACUCUCGAUGUUGUUUGGUCAAGGAUGCUUUGGCUUUCAUACAGCAUUAAUUAUACUUGUUAUAAGAUGUUAAUGUGUAAACUUGUAGCAGAAUAUUCAUUCCAUAAUGGUUCCAGUUAGUCUGCGUUUUUUGGAAGCUGCUUAUAUCAGCAUGUUACUAGUGAUGGCUGACUUUGUAGAAAUCAUACAAAUUUGCAAGUAUGAUUUCAGAAGUGUGUGAGGUUCCAGACAGCGAAUAAUUAUGAUAGGGAGUCAUAUUUCUACAAUCAGGACCCAGGUGUCUUUUUUUUCUGUGACCAAAUUGAAUGUAUCUUGAAGAUUAAAAGAGGCUUCUAGAAGUUUCAUUUAGGAUUGGCUGCCCUGGAAUGAUCUGAGAUUCAUCUAAAUGCUUGAAUGAUAUGAUUUGGUGACUACACGGCAUGAAAAAGGUUUUGUAUGUGGAACUGCUUGUUAGAUCUCAAGCUGAACAGCUGUUGAACACAAUAUACUGCUAGAGAAAUAUUAUAUCAAAAAAACAGAUUACUGUAUCCCAGAAUGCUACGAAUAGAAGUAGCAUGAAAUCAUGAUUGAAUUGUGUGUUUGUUUUCCUUAGAGCAUUAUGUGACCGUCUUAGGUCUGGAUGUGUAUUAUUAUUAUUAUUAUUAUUAUUAUUUUUAAUAUAUAAUAGUGGCUGGAGAUUUUCAUGCUGUCUGAGAGUCGCCCUGUUGCAUGUUUUUGUGUGCUGGACAAGUCAAAAGAGCUAUGAAUGAGUUUGAGAAUUUGUAUUUUUAUUUUCUUUGUGCUGCUUUGUUUGUUUCAGUUAUUCUGCUAUCAUUGAAUGGGGAUGUGUGAAGGUGAUUUCAUGGUUAUCGCUUAUGAAAGAUGGCUUGAUGAAAUUAUACACUGUCUACAAGAAGCAGAUCACAGGCUGGGCUGCUUUGUAUCUCCUGUUGCUGUAUCUCACAUGCUGAAAAUGAUCGUGAAACCAGUGUGUCAUAAUGGUAGUGUCUGUUUUAAAAUCUCACCUAUUUUUCAAGGUUUCUUGCUUGCAUCUUUGACAAUGUGAGGAUAUUCUCUUUGAAUGAGAAAAAGGACUUCUUUUUUUUUUUCUUCUCAAAGAUUAACAAUGCACCUUCUGCUAGUUGCAAUGUAUAUUUAAAAUACACGCACGCACGCGCGUCGAGUUGUUAAAUACACACUGAAUGACUGUUGUGUUGUUUGCCUGUAACAUUUUUUUCACCUAACCAGAUGUAGACUAGAUUUUUGGGGUCUAUAUAUACUUAGAGUUAAAGAAAUAAUUACACCAACGUGUAUAAAAGUUCAUUGACACUGGCACUAAAGUGCUCACAAACUACGGCUGCGGGAGAUCUCCGAUGUUUUGCUGAUGGAACAGCACUCCUGCUUCUGAAUGGUUUUGAACACGGUUCCAGUUUUCACUGAUGUCACAUUCUGCUGUGGGAGGUGGACAUUUGUCCUCUCUCUGCCUUAAGUUUGAGUUGUAGAGUGUUUGUGGAUUUUUCCUGCGCUCACAGAGCACCUUUCACUGGUUUUUGUUUGAUAGAGAGUUUGUUUUUAAGGUGUGGGCACACUUUGACCUGUUUAACGUCCUGAAUAAAAUACCAGUUCAUUUAAA